AUGUUGGAAUAUUUGGGUCGCCGGAGUUGGACUCCAGAGAGAAAGGGAGGAGACAAAUUGUUAGAGCAAUUACUGAGAUACCUCGGCGUAAGAGAUUUUGGGGAUGAGCUGGGCAUGAGAGAUUUUGGGGAUGGUAGUAGGGAAGAUUUUGGGGAUGAGUUUGGAAGGCAGAGGAUGAGAUUGAGAAGGAUUCUGAGAGAGAUUUUAGGGGAAGAUAUGGGGGAAUCAGAGGAGACUGGGGCCUCUGAGGAGGAGAUUUCUCAUCAGGCUGUCACUUUCUUUACUAAAUUGUACAAGUCUAAAAACCAUACCCUUGAUGAAGAGUUAUUUGGGGUCAUUCCUGAGCUUGUUGGACCAACUGACAACGAGAAUUUGACUAUGGCUGCCACCUUAAUUGAA